GUGUGUGAGGUGCAGUGGACAGACCGGCUAUGUCCCUGCUAGCAGCUGAGGCAGGAUGAUGGGAUAGCGUUUUGGAUGUGGACAGGGAGCAGCAUAUAGCAGGGAUACUGUGUGUGUGUGUGUGUGUGUCAGAGUUUUUUUGUGUGGCGAGCUAUUUGAUUUCAAUGGAGGUGUGAUUUUGAGGAUAGCAUAAAUUCUCCGGUAUGCAGAUCUAUACUAUGACGCUGUUGUGACCUCUGAAGGGUAUCUAGUAGAAAGUUAUGGGUGGCAGAGUUCUCUGCAGUAUCGCAUGUAACUGUGUUAUGCAGCGAGGCGGCAGUGUGUAUUGUCAGGCAGGACACACAGCGGCGGCUUGGUACUCUGUGGCUGUAUUUAGCUGUAUUUAGCUGUGUGUGUGUGUGUGCCCUACUAAGCGGUAUGGAUCCUCAGCAGCCUGUUUUUAGCCUGAUGAAGCGGUUCUGUCCUUGUUUCAGCCUGCUGCCGCUGCCAAGUCAGGACUGGAGUAAGAGUGAUGAGAGGCUCCUGCAGGCUGUGGAGCAGAAUGAGCCCGACAAAGCCUCCGCUCUCAUCGUCAAAAAAGGCCUCUGUCCCACCAAACUGGAUGCCGAGGGCAAAUCAGCGUUCCACGUCUGUGCAUCCCGGGGCCGGCUGGACUGUCUGGAGGUCAUCAUCUCUCACGGAGCAGACGUCAACGUCACUGAUGGCGCUGGCUUCAGCGCGCUUCACCUCGCUGCCAAAAACGGCCAAUCAGAGUGUUUGAAAAGACUCUUACAGGAGAGAUUAGCAGUAGACUGCAUCGACACCUUUGGGAGGACACCGCUUCAUCAUGCAGCGGUCAGUGGCUGCUUGUCCUGCUGUGAGACCCUGUGGGAUUUUAAAGCUGAUCUGGAUAUCCAGGAUGGGGACGGGGCCACCCCUCUGAUCUUAGCGGCUCAGAUGAGCAGAGUGGAGCUGUGUGUCUUUCUGUUGGGUCGAGGUGCCAAUGCAAACAUGCAAGACAACCAGGGAAGGUCUGCAUUGAUGCUGGCGUGUGAGAGCGACGCCGUUGAGACCGUAUCAGCUCUGCUGAGAGGCGGGGCCGACACGCAGCUGGUUGACGCCCUUGGACACAAAGCUACCGACUACAGUGUAACAACGGGCAACCACCGCAUCAUGCAAAUAUUGCAGGACGGAGCACCUCCAGCUCCUGAGGGUGCAGGCGAAGAGCCCCCCCAAGUCCCCUCAGGCAACUCUUCAAUGCAAGGGGGCACUACACCCCGCAAACGGAAAGCUCCUCCACCGCCCCGCUCUCCUCUCCAGAUCCAGGGUUUGCCACCCUCUCCAAAGCCGCGGAGUCCUGCUCCGUCUGCCCAGUCCCCUGAGCCCCAAUCUCUUUCUCCAUCUCCCCAGCCUACAGAAACACAGCAAUCAGCCCAGGCAGAGGAUGAAGAGGUGUUUGAGGAGAUUCGCCGACUGCGUUUGGAGAGAGGCCGUCUGCUCCAGAAGAUCAAAGCCUUUGAGCUGCAGCAACAGAGCGCCCUCUCUGCCUUGGAGGAGUUGUCCCAACUAAAGCAGCAUCUAAAGGAGACACAGGCAGAGAGAGACAAGCUGCUUGAUGAGCUGAAGGGAGGCCAUGGUAUUGGGGCCAGUGACUCUGAGGACAUGGAUGAAAUGUUUGACUUCCCAGAGAAGCUGCUCUCCAAGCGCUCCAGAGCCUCCCCUGCUCAGGAUGAGGCCACUUCUCAAGGAGACGCAGACUCGGCCAACCCCUCCCCUGUCCCCGGAGACCCGGGGACUGUUGCCGAGCUGCGUAAACAAAUAGAGGAACUUGCCUCACAAAACUCUGAACUAGCUCUCAAAGUGCAGAUGCUGGAGAUGUUUGAGAAGGACGACACAGACAUGCAGAGCUCCAGCUCGGACUUUGUCCCCAUAGUCCAGUACGAGAUCCUGAGGAAGGAGUUUGAAGUCCUUCAGGAGCGCCUCUCUCAGGCCCAGGCUUCAGACGAGGCCUCCAGCGUGGCAGAGGACUGUGGUGAUGAGAAGUCUCAGGAAGGAGGUGCAGAUGCAGAGAGUGUGGAGGCUCUUAAGAAGAAGCUGCGAGGUCUAAAGGAGCAGUUGGCCUCCUCCCAGUCUGAGCUGGAGGAGUUGAAAGAGCAGAUGCGCCUCGGGGUGCUCUCUGUGGAGUGUGGUGAAGGGGACACUGCCGCAGCAGGUGCUGGGGCCGCAGAGGAGGGUCCGAACCAGGAGGCACAGCAGCUGAGAGCGAGGGUGACGGAGCUAGAGGAGGAGCUAGCGAAGAGACUGGCCGAAGAGGGAGGUCAGAGGAGCCGCGACAGUGACACAAUCAAACAGCUGACAGAGAAAGUAGAGGAACUCCGUGCUGCUCUGUCCCAGAGAAAGUCCGCGAAAGAAGAAGGGGAGAAAGACGGCGAGAGCAAAAAGACAGUGAAGGGCCUCCGUGACAAAGUUGCUGAGUUGGAGGCAGCCCUGGCAGAGGGCAGAACAUCGGGGAAAGAUGGAGGAGCAGCAGGAGAUGGAGAUCAGAUCCGUCGUCUCCAGGAGCGUUUGGGAGAGCUAGAGGGCGAGCUGAGGAAGUCUGUGCCCCGCUCCGAGUUGGAGGAGGUGCAGGUGACUCUGGGGAUUCAGUGUGAGCAGCUGGCCAGGGAGAGGUCGGACGUGGCCAGAAGGCUCAACAAUGCACUCGUGGAUCUGGAGAGACUCAGGCCUCCUCCACGCGGAGAUGACGAAGAGGAGGAAGAAGAGGAGGAGCAUUCAGAGAGCUCAGAGCCCUCGGGCAUAUCAGAGCACUCCAGACGCACCAUGGCAGCAGUGAGAGAAGAACUGGAGGUUGCCAGGCAGGAAGCAGCCCAGGCUCUGGACUGCCUGUGUGCUGAGCGGGAGAACCGGGCACAGGACACCCUGCAGCUGAAAGACGCAGUGCCACUCUCAAAACAUAGGGAGGCGCUGUCUAGGGUAUCAGAGCAGCUAGCUCAGACUCUGCAAGAGCUCCAAGAGGAGAAGACCCUUCGUAGUCAGGCUGAGGAGCAAGCUGCCGGACUAGAGGCCAAACUGCAAGCCAUGCAGGAUGCCGUACCCAAAGAGGAGCAUGAGAAAGUCAAGGCAGAGCUCCAGCACUCCCUACAGGCCGGUGAGAGCAGUGCAGCAGCAGCCCAGGAGGCUCUUCUCGAGAAGGAGAUGGAGCUGAGGGAGCUGAAGUCCCAGAAGGCUGCAGAACAGGGUCUGAUCUCCAAGGAGGACCACGAAGCCCUGCGGCUCUCUCUGCAGGCUGAGAUCAACGCCGCCGCAGCUCGUUUCAACGUUCUCACUCGCAAACACGAGAAGACCUGCACUGAGGUGUUCCAGGUGCAGAGGGAGGCUCUGUUUAACAAGAGUGAGCGACAGGUCGCGGAGUCCCAGCUGGCCACGGUGCAGCAGCAGCUAGCCGAACUACAGGCCCAAUCCAGCCACAUCCAGGAGCUCCACAAGGGCAUCCAGGAGUCCCAGGGUCUGGUCAAAGAGAGGGACCGCAAGAUAACAGAGCUGUCCAAGGAGAUGUUUCAUUUAAAGGAGGCCCUGGGAGCUCUGUCACCUCCUCUGGGCAUCACCACCUCCUCCUCAUCUACCCAUCAUGGCAACCCCGGGCAGCAAGUGGCACUGCAGAACAGGAUCGCCAUACUCACCCAGCAGCUCCAGGAUUGGGAGAGAAAGCACAAACAGGUGGUGACUGUGUAUCGUACGCAUUUACUGGCAGCUGUACAGCAGGGCUGUAUGGAUGAAGAGGUGCAGGGUCUGCUUCUCCAAAUCCUGAGGAUGUCACAGCCAGGACACUGAACCUCAUAACGCCCGCAGGUUUCUCUCCACCUCCAGUCCCUUGACUGGUCAGCAUGUAGCAGCUCCAGCUCAGCAACCUGUGGGACCAGCAUCACAGAAACCUCGUCCAGGAAGCCAAAUACAACUAAUCUGUGUUCAGACAUAGCUGCAUGUGUACAAUAAGUAACUUAAACAACAGUCGCAAGGCUUGACUGAUGAGCAAACAGUGAAAAACCUUACUGCAGAGUGCCUUCACGGCUGGAUAAGUUAAAUGACAGCAGCCUAUAAAUCAGGGGUGUGUGGUAGCAGAAAGUGAAUGUGAACAGAGAGUGUAGAAUGUAGAAG